UGUUGCGUUUUGAGCGAAACUGUUGCCAGUACAGAAUGAAUCUUUGUUGAGAGCGGUCGUGACGUCAAAGACAUUUUUUUUAAAGUUUUGUGAUUUGUAUGGAAUUGUCAUAAAUUACGAACCAUGUCAACGCCAGUGGUGGUGAAGCAGUUCCCAUUAGAGAAAGAGUACGCCAAGAAGACCGGAGUCACUCCUGAGGAUGUAGCCAAGCUGCGGGCCUGGCUGGCCACACAGCCUCACCUUCCUGGGGAGCUGCUUUCAGACCUGGACCUGGUGCUGGCGUACCACUGCUGCCAGCGCAGCGCCGAGGUCUCCAAGCAGGUGUUAGAUCUCCACUUCACUCUCAAGACCCUCUUCACUAACUUCUUCAAAGACCGCCUGGUCACAGAGAAGACCUUCGCUACUUUAUCCAUGUGUGGCACGUUGCCGGUGAAGAUGCGCGCACACAACGACUCGGCUGUCUUCUACUGCUGUCUCACCGACCCUGACGCCAAGAAGUUCACCUUCCACGAGUGCAUCAGAGUGGCCCUGAUGACACUAGAACUCUGGCAGGAGGAGGAGGGCACUUGGCCCGGGCUGCAGAUCAUCUUCGACAUGAGGAUGUUCAGCCUUCAGCACCUCGCCAAGCUGGAUUUGCAUACCAUACAGCAGUUCUUGUAUUAUCUUCAGGAAGCCAUGCUGGUAAAAGUGACGGCUCUUCAGUUCAUCAACGCGCCCUCCUUCAUCGACAAAGUGAUGAUGCUGAUCAAGCCUUUCCUUAAGAAGGAGCUGAUGGAGUGCCUUUUCAUUCAUCAGAUCGGCGCCACUACGUUGGAGAAGCACCUACCCAUAGAGAGCUUGCCAGAAGAAGCUGGUGGAAAGGGUGUUUCUGUGAUCAAGGCCAUCGAGGACCUAAAAGAACGUAUGAGACUCAACAAAGACUUCUUCGAACGCGAGAACAAGAGACGCGUAGUGGAGUCCCGGAGGCCUGGCCGACCCAAAACCAUCUCCGACAUCUUUGGGGGGAUCGAGGGCUCUUUCAAAAAGCUCGACAUAGACUAAUAAUUGUUAUUAAUAUUUGCUUAAGCGGGAUAAUGUCAAUCGUUAAAGUUUCAAUUAGUAAGUAAAUAUAGUUUAAAUGACAUGUUGAUAGGAAUAACGGCCAGUCCUAUAGGGACCGUGCGUGUUGGAGGGUCUGCCAUCUUGUGGCCUGAAUCGGAACCAUAAACAUGUACAUUUACACGUCACGUGUUUUCUUGUGCAUGGUAGGUUCUGCCAUCUUUUGGGCUACAUCGGAACAAUAAACAUCACAUAUACGCCUCGCGCCAAAAAUCUGACGGCUCCUGUGCUGCCUCCUAUAGUUCAUGCACGCUCCCUAUACUUGACGCAUUGUAGAUUCCGGGAGGAAUUCGUUUGAAUGACGGGAACGGCCCGGGUCCGAGUCGAAGGAUGCGACACAUCGUCACACACGACAAAAAAUGAUUGUUGAUUGACUCGUACGUAUCAAUUUUUUUAAAAGGGCAUUUGUGCGUUUCGUUUGAAAAACACACUGUGUUUUCUUUAAUUCGAAGCCCGGUAAUAUAUUGUUGUCUUUAUCACGAAAAUUUGUUCUUGGGUUAUGGAUAUGUAUAUAAGUAGAGUCAGGCUAAGCUAACUCUGCACCAUAUUUGAUAGCGCUGAGUGUGCAAUUGAUAUUUUAAACGUCAUAAUUCCAUACAAGUUUGACAUUUAUGAUAACACUUCCACACUCUGUGCUAUCAAACACGGUGCAGUUCGUUGAGUCUGACUACCAUAUAAGUAUAAUCGUCGCCUAGUUCCUACGGCAAAAGUUUUGCUUAUUUUGUUGCUAGGUCGAUCUGUGUUCAAAUGUCCCUAAAUAUUUAUUUACCCAUUUUUAUUUCAUUUAUUUACUGUUCAUUUAUUUAUGUUAUUAUAAUGUUUGUCUGUACGAAUCGUCGACGAUCCCAAACUCACAAGCGGCAUUGAACCAUUAAGUCUAAGGAGAGACUUUGCCUCCUUGUGUGUGUUCUACCGCUUGAACAAUGGACUGU